CGCGCUUCUGCCCUCGAUGCGCAGCGAGGCUCGUCGCUUUCCGCGUUUUACGCUUAAUACCAGACUACGACGGAAUCGCCUUUCUUUCAGCGGGAGCGUCUCACAGGGCGCUCGCUUUCGGGGGGAUCCGAGGAAGUGUUUUCUGCAGAUAUGACCUAGUUGCACUCAUCACAUAUUUAGUCAUUCUGCUCGUUUGCGGUGGAGUUUUUGGAGCGGGUUUCUCCGAAUCGAUUCAGUCUUUUUUUUUUUUUUUUUUUUUGCUGAAGGAAAUUGAUCAAGGCGUGGAUUCUUGCAGUGACUAUACAUAUGCAUAUACAUAAUGCUAUUUUAUUUGCAUUGCUGAGAUUGCAGCUGGCGUCUGAUCACCUUUAUCUUUGAAUUAAGAGAUCAUGAUGUGGAAAUUCAUAUUGAGCAAAGGGCAGUGAAAUGUUUCUGUGACUUCAGGAUGACAGACGCGAUGAUGGGCACGAAAGGUGUCCAUGUUCAGUCCGGACCGUGUCUCGGGGCAGAGCUGACCGAUGAGGAGAAGGAGAUCAUCAACAGCGUCAUCGCCCGCGCCGAAAAAAUGGAGGCGAUGGAGCAAGAGAGGAUCGGACGUCUGGUGAAUCGUCUGGACAACAUGAAAAAAGCCGUUUGUGGGGACGGAGUGUCUCGCUGCCUCUUAUGUGGAGAGCAGCUGGCUGCAGGAGGAGACCGAUCAGUGGUUUGCGAGGACUGCAAAAAGAACAUGUGCACCAAGUGUGGCGUGCAGGCGAACGCUCGGCCGCGGUCCGUGUGGCUCUGUAAGAUCUGCAGCGAGCAGAGAGAGGUAUGGAAGCGAUCUGGAGCCUGGUUCUUCAAAGGCCUCCCGAAGCAGUUCUUACCCUCCCCUAUGCCCGUGUCCAGACCCAGAGACCCCAGUCCUCAGAAGAGCCCUGCAGCCGCUCCGGCAGCUCCACAGAACCAGACACCGGCCGCAGCUCCAGAGCCGACAGCGGAUGCACCGAUCGGCCCAAAACCCCCCGUGGCUCCAAAACCUGCUCACCUUCAGACUCAGGCAGAUGGAGAUGCAGGGAGCUCCCAGAAUACUCCGGUGCUGAUGAAGAAGACGGUGAACGUCCACUCGGCCAGACCAGUCCCAUCAGGCGCAUUCCAGCCGGCUGCUCAGGAGGCAGAGAGAGGAGGCUAUCAGUCCAUCGGCAGCGCGUCUCAUGUUCAGGAGAGAGAGGAGAUGAAGCCUGCGCUCGGCCCUCGAGCCGCUCCGCCAGCGGACGACGACGAGGAGGCCAACAGCUACGACUCCGAUGAAGCCACAACUCUGGGAUCGCUGGAGUUCACUUUACUGUACGACCAAGUGAACAGCAGCCUUCAGUGCAACAUUAUUAGAGCGAAGGGCUUAAAACCGAUGGAUUCGAACGGACUGGCAGAUCCUUAUGUUAAGCUUCAUCUGUUACCGGGUGCAAGCAAGUCGAAUAAAUUGCGCACCAAGACCCUACGCAACACUCGCAACCCAACCUGGAACGAGACGCUGGUGUACCACGGGCUGACGGACGAGGACAUGCAGCGCAAGACCCUCAGAAUAUCUGUCUGCGACGAAGACAAGUUUGGUCACAAUGAGUUCAUCGGAGAAACCAGAGUUGCGCUGAAAAAACUCAAGUUCAAUCAGAAGAAAAACUUUAACGUGUGUCUAGAGAGGGUCGUGCAGACCAAAAGAUCUUCGACUGCAGGCGGAGCGCGAGGAAUCACCCUCUAUGAGGAUGAGACUGGGAAGGACGGCGCUGAGAUGGAAGAGAGAGGACGGAUCCUGAUAUCUCUCAUGUACAGCACUCAGCUGAGUCGUCUCAUUGUAGGCGUCGUGCGCUGCGUUCACUUAGCGGCCAUGGAUGCCAAUGGCUAUUCUGAUCCUUUUGUCAAAAUAUGUCUGAAACCUGAUAUGGGAAAGAAAGCAAAGAACAAGACGCAGAUCAAGAAGAAAACACUCAAUCCUGAGUUUAAUGAGGAAUUCAGUUAUGAAAUUAAGCAUGCAGAGCUGGCCAAAAAGACGCUUGACAUCUCAGUAUGGGACUAUGACAUCGGAAAAUGCAAUGACUAUAUAGGAGGCUGUCAGUUGGGCAUCACUGCUAAAGGCGAGCGUUUGAAGCACUGGUAUGAAUGCCUCAAGAACAAAGACAAGAAGAUCGAGCGCUGGCACACUCUGCUCAACGAGAACCACGUCUCCAGCGAUUAGGCUCUUCAAGCGUUCUGCAUGCCUUUAAGUUGUACUCGGCCCCUUUCGCAACUCCAUUCCCCUCCACUAACUGCAUAUCUUGGGCUAUACCGACCUUGCUCUUGUCCGGCUGACACGCGAUAUGCUUUGAGAAACAAAACGAUGUCUGGAGCUUUUCUGUUCACCCGACCUACACAGACGGCUGUAGGUCAGCGCUGAAGUGUAAGUUGCGUCACACUCACUAAUCUGGCCACGGUAGCGAUGUGUUUUUAAGUUCUAGUUUAGGAACAACCGUAGAAACUCCAAAUGAUUAUCUUGUUGUGGGAAUGCAUCGGUAUCACGUCUCUUAUCAAUCUCUCUUAUUAAAAAGCGUUAGGAAAGUCUUGUCCUUACAAAAAGAGGCUGAUACAGAAUGUACAAGCCCUAUUUUAACCAGUCUAAGAAUGUUUACAGGCCAUACAGAAUGUCAGGUAAAAUUACUUAAUUAUAUUUAGUGACUUAUUUAAAUACCUUUAACAUCACGAGUCAGUGUUAUUUUCGUUUCACUGAUAUAUUAUAGUUUUUUGUUAAUAUUUGCGAAUUAGAUUUUAUUUUUAUAUUUUUAAAUAUCACUUUAAUUUUAGUUAGAGUUAAUAAUUUGGCUUUUAUUUAUUAAUUUAUUUAUUUUUUAAACGUCUAUAUAUAUUUUAUACAUUUUUAUGUAUUGUAGUGUUUUACUACUACAAGUUAAACUGAAUUUUUUUAAUUAUUUUUUUUGGUUUCAAUUUUAGUUAGCUGUAAUAAUCCUGACGUGAGGUCAAAAGAACUAGCUAGUUGUUUCAGACAAACAGGCAAGCAACAUGUAGGGAUGUUUACAUAGCACAGAUAAGACUAAAUCCAAAGAAUGUCCAAACAAGAACAUUUUAAAGCAUUAUCUGUUCGCCAAUGGUACAUUUAGACUUAGCUUAGGUAGUCGAAUGAAUACGAUUUUAUAAUACAUUGCUUUGUGCGUCUGGUUUACAACAACACUGUUACUGUAUUACUGUAUGUAAGCACACUGUUCCACUAAACCCUUCAAACAUGCAUCCUUUCUGUAAUGUGCUGAAAAUACAAUCGCCUUGUGUGAAGACAACAAUUAAUGACGACGUACGUGGAUAAAUUAAAAAUAGCCCACUGCAUCAUGCGGCCGUGACGCAAGCAAAGAUUACUGUAAUAAGAAAAAGUACUGCUGUCCGAUCACACGUGAACACUGAAAGCUAAGCACAUUUACAAUGGAAUGACCUCAACGUUUCUAUUCUUUGCUGUUAUUAUAACCAGCCCUCAUGCAUGAGAGUGUCUUUGGUUAUAGUGAAUACAAUCCAUUCGCUUUGUAUAAUUUACUCCCCGUAGAUGAAAUUACCGUUCACCAGCCGGCACUCGGUGGCGACGCUUCUGGGUUUCUCAGGAACUCCAAAACAGAGCUGCUUUACGUUAGGCCUACUGCUUGCAUCCGAGCUGAAAAAAAAGACCAGAGGGGUGGUUUGUGCUACGUUUGGAAAUCUCCACAUUUCCUAAAGAUUUUUGGAGCUUCGAAGAAUUGUAGCCAAACCCAAAUACGCGAAUGAUGAUUCGCCGAUUCUGAGCAAAAUGGUUUGCUGUAAUGCAGCAAAUUAAGAAAAUGUUGCAUGCAUUGCAAAAAAAGGAAAGAAAACAUGAAAAUCUUCCUCUAGUACAACUAUUUAGUCAUUUUUAAACCGAGGUGCAUUUACUCGAAACGCAAACUGAGCAUAUUCGCUUUCUGAGAAACUGAACGGAAUGAAGUUAGGUUAUGCUUAAAACAAGAAAAAAUACCUGUUAAUAGGAAAUGAAAACUUUUUUUGAGCCCAUUGUAUUUAAAAACUACAUGUUGAUGAGUUUCUCAGAAAAAAACAAGGAUCAUGCACUUUUGCUUCUCAAGUAAAUGCACUAUACCUUUGGAGACAAAAAUACUAAUAAUUCAAAUAAUAAUGUGUCAUGUUUAUUCCAUUUAUUUCUUAAAUUUUGUUUUGUGAAAUCCUCUUGGUAGGAUGUUGUCCACGCAAAGACUAACUUAUUUAAACUUUAUGAACCACAAUUAAAACUAUAUUUCAUACUAUACACGUUAUUUGGUCCUAUAACGCCAAAUAACCAUCAAUGAUUGUGAAAAGAUAUUUGAACAAAAGCAUUUCAAAGCCGAUCGUUUCCCUUCACGGUGCCUGAACUAUAUCAAAUGUUGGUCAAAUUAGUAUUUAAGCAAUAAAGAUUGCUUACCUUAAGUAUGUGAGGAUGUGUAUUUAAUGUCCCGUUGCACGUUCAACAAGUAAAUAACUAAAACUAUCUAUAAAUCUUUGAAUAUGCAGUAAAGGGAGAUUCAACUAGAAGAAACCAGAAGCGUUGUUUGACAUCACAGAAGAUUUUAUGGGUUCAUGCCAUGAAGAUAGAAGAGAAUAAACAUAAAAAAUCUUCCAAAAAAAGUGUUUAUUGCUACCGCUCUGAAAAAACCCUGGAAAUUAUGAUUUAUUUUAAGUGAUAUGGUGCUUUGCGUUUAAGUCUCAAAGGGUAAGCAUCCCCAAAAAGGACUGUUUUGGUCAAGACUGGUGGACAAUGAUCACAUAUUAAUGCAUUCAGACCAUCUCUGAACAAGCAACUUUGCAAGUAAAUUAACUUAUUAGAAUAAAAAAAAAAAAAUGCAUGACACGACCCCUAUAAUAUUUUGUAGUCCAGAGUCAUUCAGGUCUUCAAAAUGAUGAAUGUGAUCUUACUGUAUUUUUUCACGAGACCUUCUUCUCACGCAGAGCUAUCUAUGAUAUCUGUCAUUUGCAAAAAAAAACAAAAACUAAAUAUAGCACACUAGUCUGAUAUUUUAAGACCAUAUUUGCCAGUUUAGUUUGUGAAUGUUUAUUGGUAUAAAUUUGUUCUUCUUUCAUUAAUGAUGCAAUUGUAUAUAUAUAUAUAGUGCAUGUACUUGCACAGCAGGGAAGUGUUUACUGUAUGUCUGAACUUUGCAUGUAAAGAUUUUACUUGGAGUUCAAAACACAGAGGCCAAUAAAAGUCGAAAUAAACUGCA